AUGGAGAACGUACAGGCGCUUUGCAAGCAAAUCGACGGAAUUUGCAAAAAUGGAGCAGAAUCGACAGAGGAAUGCAGCAAACUACUUGACGAACUUGCCAAAAUUCCGAUGAACCUUGAAAUUAUUCAGAAAACGAGCGUUGGAAUGAAAUUGAACGCAAUGCGCAAAAAAUUUCCAGAUGAGGCUCUGGCCAAGAGAGCCAAAUCCAUUAUCAAGGAAUGGAAAAACAUCGUUGAUGGAAAGACCAAAUCGCAAGAUGACGACGCACCACCAUCUAAAAAACAAAGAAAAGAGAGUGUUGAAGAGGUGAAAGUUGAGAAAAAGAAACUGGAAGCUCCAUACAAGAAACCAGAGACAGUCAAUCGACCAGAGAUCGUCGCACAAUUUGCGAGUGCUUCGUUCCCGCCAAAGCAUCUUGAAAAUGACGAAACUCGUCUUAAAUCGGCCCAACUUCUUCUUUCGGCAUUGCGGUACGGGGAGCUGCCAGAUGGAACUCUGGACCCAGAAGAGCUAGCCGUUCAAAUUGAAGAGAAACUGUAUUCGGUACAUCGUGACACAAACAAGAACUACUCGGCUGCUGUACGCAGUCGCAUUUUCAAUCUCCGUGACAAGAAGAACUUGGCUCUUCGUGAGAAUGUCCUGACUGGCGUCGUCCGAGCCGAGAAGUUUGCCACGAUGACCAGCGAAGAAAUGGCUUCACCAGAAAUCCGAGAGAUGCGCGAAAAGUUUACCAAGGAAGCAAUCUUGGAGCAUCAAGUGAGCGUCCAGCAAGGAACACCAUCAGACAUGUUCAAGUGUGGAAAAUGCGGAAAGAAGAAUUGCACUUACACUCAGCUCCAAACACGUUCGUCCGACGAACCGAUGACCACAUUCGUCUUCUGCCUCGAGUGCGGUAAUCGCUGGAAGUUCUGCUGA